AUGCACGGCAAUCUGGACUUCCAGAUUUGGCUGGAAAGAGGCGGCCAAGAGGAGGCGUUCACCGUAUGCUUGACUCGGCUUUGGGAGAGAGAGAGAGAAAGAGAAGAGGGGUUCUUGGACAAGUACGACUGGUCAUCUGUCAGCGACGUUGGAGCGGUCCAAGUACCGGCUGGUGAGCGAACAAAGAAUCUUGUUCAUCAAAGAAGACAGCUGUUCAACAAAGAAGACAGCUGUUCCUCCACGAGGAAGCUUGAUCAAGGUCCAGGUCCAGUGGUCCAGUCGGGUCCACGGGUCGGUGCUGGACGGAAUGCGGCGGAAGCUUGGGCUGGAAAGCUUCAACAGGCAAGACUCAACUGCCAACCAACCAAAAGUCAAUGGGAAAGACUGGAUAUGAACCUGGAAGGUGCGGGCGACGGGACGGGCGUGGUUGCCCUGGCUGGUUGGUACAUAAGUGAAGCAUAUCUGUGGCCGUCAGCAACCGCAUCUUCCACGCCGUGGGAGGCCGCGACUGCCGCUUACGUUUCUGGAUUGACAAUCUCCGGGUACACAGACAGACUUCUUCACAGAGGACGUUACCUCGACGGUAUUCCAAAGUCGUUCCCUGUCUAUACAGCUGCCUAUGACCACCCUCGUUCAGGUGUCUGA